AUGCUGGGCCGACUUCUUAGCACUGCCGCCUCAACCUUAAACCCGGCAGCAUACUCCUCAAGAACCAACGGCACUCCUCUUGAGUCGGUUACCGAAGAGGAGCAUACUUCCGGUCUUCUUUUCCCCGAUGCCAGCCUCCUCCGACGUUCCCACGCCCAUGCAUACCCACUACAGACAAGUUUCAAUUCCCCGAAUGCAUCGACCGCAGGUGCAUACGAUGAUCGUGGGGGCAUGGAAUUGGACCAUAUCAAGGAUUUUCGUGUGAUUGUUGCACAAAAUGCAUUGGGUGACCGUGAUGCAUGUGUCCUACUUGACACCCGGGCUUCUGAUUCACCCUCCGCCGGCCUCGGAAUCGACCCACAGAGCCACGAUCAAUCUGGGCCCAGACACACCCGUGCGGUCUCCAGCCUCUCGCGUGGGACGCGCCGCAACAUUCUCGCCCAAUCCUCCCUCGUCGAAUCGAGUCCCAUAUCCACCGCUGCAGAUGCUCGGAGAGCGUCACCAGCCAGUCCCAGCGCAUUUUCCCGAGCCCGUGGCCGGAGCUCCACAUUGGCUCCGUCGGGGACAUGGCACGAUCCAGGCCAGUCCCGACACUCGUCCGACUCUAACGAUACUGGGCUUUUGAAUUGCAUCUUCGGCAGCAGUGCCUUUAGCUACCGAGGCUCAUCUACCAAAAUGCACAUCAUCUCCGCUGAUGAGGAUACCGGAAUUGGUAUUGGGGUUAGUGCAUCCCCCGCUGCUCGCAGCCCGCUCUCUCGUGCCUACACGACAGGCAGCCCCCUAGGCCCCAUGGGUGCAGCUCGAGGAGAUGACAAACCGCCUUCCAAGGUCACAGUCCUCUUGACUCGUAUGUUUAGUGUAAACUUGCCGGAAGGCGCCGAAGCAUCGGCCGAAAGACAAGAUUAUGCCAGCGCACUUUACCAGGAAUCCUUACCCGAGAUGGAAUUCCCGUUCCCAGAUUUCAACAAGCGCAAGAAGAUCAAGGAAAAGAAAACUCCGAUGUAUGCAGUUGCAAUAACGAUACAGAUCCCCCUAUUAACACGCAAUUCUGGUCGGCCUGCAUCGAGGUUCAGCACCCUCGGCCCGGACACCCCUCGAACACGCUUUUCAAGUUCACUUGAUUCCGAUCACCGCUGGCCUGGUGGGUUCCUUGAUGAUAGCUUGUCUUCAGCGUCUCCGCCUGCCAGUUUAGAUGAGCGGCUGGACAUACUCGUCGAUCACUGGGAUGUGAUUACACGUACGCUCUCUCACCUCGAGAGACUUGCUCGCAAUGAGAUUCUCUUCCUUUUGAAGAAAGUCGACUCUCUCUCGGGGCCUCAUCCCAAGCCUGUGAAGCCACCCAACAUGCAACGCACCAACCAGACCAUUGUGCAUUUGCCCGCCAAUAUCCUGUCAGUCAAUUCCAAGCUCAAAGAAGAGGCUAUUCGAAGCUCUCGCCGGAUAAGCCUGGCCCUACAAACUCCGUAUGUGGUCACUGGGCAGAGUCGUUGGGGUGUCUGGCGAGAAGAAGGCCGCUCAAUUGUUCGUGGUCUUGGUGACAAAGAGCAAAACUUCUUCUUCUUGGUCGUAUUGACCGCCUUUUUGGGCAAUCAUACGGAGUGGCUCAAUAGUCUUGGCCCGGAGUGGUAUCGCCGCCGCCACAACCAGCAACAGAAGGCUAAACAGGAUGGUGAGCCCCUCUUAGCAAACAGGACGGUCAUCGUAUGUCCUGACAAGAUGACCGCUCGCCGUCUUGUGUUCUUGCUCGCUGCUUUCUUGCCUUCUAAACAGCGCAUGGAACCGUUACCCUCGCCACUAAGGCCUGGUACGUCGGCAUCGAUGCGCGCGAUAUCACAAAGCCCGCCUACUGUGCCUAUACUGCGCCAGGAGUCUCUGCGGAGGGCGAUUGAGCGAAGAGCUCGUGCCCAGCGAAUGAACAUGGGCGAUAAUGAUCACCAUCAACGUUCAGUAAGCGCUUCAUCGCAAGAUACUACACAUGGGCUUGAAGUCACAACGCCACCCCCGGACUAUUCCACGGCUGCGGCCCGCAGGGGGUCUGAUGCUCGUUCGAUCAAGACACUCAGUGCCAACAUUAAUCCAAAGGAUGUUCGAGCCGUGAACACGAGCGGGGCAACUACGUCCAUGACAACCCAGAGCAGCACUGUCCCAGUCCCACACUUUACCUCCCAACCAAGUAACUCCACUCAGGCUCGAACUCACGACGGUGCAGUUGAAGGCAAUGAUAGCCUGGCAUCAGAGACCCUGCUGAAAAGCCUCCAACGAAGCGAUAGCUCUGUGUUGAGCACCAAUGAUAGUGGUGCCUCGGGUCGCUGGGGUGGCAUUUUCUCAGGCCUUUGGAGCUCCCGCCAAGAAUCGUCGAACGAAGGAAGUGAGCCAUUCCCCCCACCCGACACUCGCAAAACUUCUGUAUCCACAAUCGCUGGCCCAGCAAGACGUGGAUCCAAUGCUUUAAGCCGAAUGGUCAAGGAAGUAGCUGAACUUGAAGAUGAGCAUCGACCUGAAACUGCCCCCAGUGGGAAUAUUUCAAUCCCAGCAGCCUCGCCAGAGCCCUCGUCGCUCAGUAGCCAACCGCGCGAAUCGCCGCUGAAGCUAUCUGUCCGGGCUCAGGAGGGAGUUGUAGAUGUCGACCUUCCUCUCCCUGGCUUUAUGUCCCUUUCCUCGUCUGGCGACUCGACUAUCGCUUCCCCAAAAAAGACAAGAACAUCCGUCACUAGCAUGGAUGCGGUUGCCUCAACUCAUAGCAGUGGCUCUGGGUUCCCUGGUACCAUGAAAGACAACGAUAGCCCUUCCGCCCAUGUGGCUGGAUGGCUGAAGUCAUUCCACGAAGAUUUCUCACUUCAGGCAGUCCGCCCUUAUGCUUCACUCGAAGCCGAAGUAAAGCGAGCUAUGCGGGCCGAACCUUCUCCAUAUAUUCCAUCCACGCCCGAUGUGGAUGGCUCUGAGAGAUGGGUGGAUGUUGCGACGACUUUGAUUGCGGACACACGCGCCUCCACGGUAAAGCGGCUCCGUCUGCGACGAAAAAUCAUAGUGGGCCACGAAUCUGGGACAACUCAUUCGCCCACCUCACCUGCCAAUGGCAAGUCCCGCCAGUCUGCGGGGAGCGCCUCAUUCACCGGCUUGUUUUCAGGACACGACAAGUCCCCCAGCAGCACCCCUGGCGAGCAAGAUCAGAGCUUCGUGGAAGAGCGAUUCAUCGAGGAGCCUGUGAUGGACCUUGAUGGGGUGCUAGUUGAUGCGGUCGAACGUGUGCUCGGACAAAGUGGGUACUCCUCACUUGUACAAUCGCGUGCCGCUUCUCCGAAUCGUGCUCGCAAAGCAGAAGACAGAGACAAGAGCCAUUCUGCUCGGCCGGACGAAGCACCAGCUCAUGUACCAGCCCCCGAAGUUCCUCGUAGCGAAUGCCGCAAAUUGGUCCUCGGAGCACUCGAAGAAGUCGUCCGCAUCGUCACCGCCGAGCACUGCCGCGACGACGUGGACACUGCUGCUGGUCUUGCUGAUCGCGAGCACAGAAGAGCAAUCUCAGGUGCCGAUAAUACGCUGCGGCAAGGAAUUCGAAAAUGGCUUCUUGACGUCGAAGAAGCUUGGUGA